AUGUCAAAUCUUGCAAAUCUUGAAUUUGUUGGACUUGAUAUAUCUGGGAAAAAUUAUCUAUCAUUGGCAUUGGAUGUUGAAAUGCAUCUAAAUGCAAAGGGUCUUGGUGAAACUAUUAAAGAGAGUAAUGAUGCCUCGAUACAAGAUCGGGCAAAGGCGAUGAUUUUCAUACGCCAUCACCUUGACCAAGGGUUGAAAGAUGAAUAUCUCACAGUGAAAGAGCCCCUUGAGCUCUGGAAAAUGUUGAAAGAAAGAUAUGAUCAUCAGAGAACAUUGUUAUUAUGUGGAGAAAAAAUCACUGAUGAGGAUAUGCUUGAGAAAACCUUCUCUACUUUUCAUGCAUCCAAUAUUGUGCUGCAACAACAAUAUAGAGAAAAGGGUUUUUCCAAAUAUUCUCAAUUAGUUUCAUGUCUCCUUGUGGCUGAACAAAACAAUGAGCUGUUGAUGAAAAACCACGAGGCACGACCUACUGGUUCUAUCCCAUUUCCUGAGGCCAAUGGUGUGUCAUAUCACAAUGAAAAUACAAGAGGUCGUGGUCGUGGUCGUGGCCGUGGUCGUGGCCGUGGUUGUGGUCGUGGACGAAACCAUGGUUAUAAUCGCGGUCAUGGACAAAAUCGUCAUGGUGGUUAUAAUUUCAAAAACAAAAGUUACCACCGAAAAUGGGAAAAUAAUGGUGCAAAACAUGACAAGGAAAAGCAUGGAAAUCCUCCCAAAAAUGUUGAAAACGCAUGUUAUCGUUGUGGCAUGAUUGGCCAUUGGGAGCAUACUUGUCGUACUGCAAGGCACCUUGUGGAUCUCUAUCAAGCAUCCCUAAAAGAGAAAGGAAAGAAUAUAGAAUCCAACAAUGUUGUUGUGAAUGACGAUUUUGACAUCACACAUUUGGAUGUGGAAGACUACCUUGGGCCAAUAGAGAAGAAAGAUUGA